AUGACCGAGCUCAUGCCCCUCAGGCUCUCCUCUUCCACUUCAAGUUUCCUGAGCACCCCAUCCUCCACCCCCGAGCCCAUAGGAGACCGCGUGGACGAGUACUUUCCCGAGCUCCUGGCCCAAGACCUCGAGUGCUCAGUUGGAGUCUUCACCGCCAAGCGCAUGACAGCAGGCACGCCCGUGCUGCUCCUCUCAAACGAAGACAAGGCUCGCAUCAGAAACACCAGAAUGGGGCCCUCGUCUCCGUAUCUCGCGGCUUGCGCCAGGGUGCGGUCGCUAGGGGCCAUUGAAGAACGUACCUCCACGGUCUCCUUUCUCGGGCAGCAGCAAUCACGACUUGAGGCUGCGACGUCGGAUGUGGACUCGAGGACAAGCUCGCAAACGUCCGAAGACAUGGCGCCUCCAUCAUUUCGGCACCGCGAGUCAGUGUUGACCGCAGCCACCUCAGUGGCUUCAACGAACUGGAAAUCUUCGGCAGCGAGAUCGAUGCCGUCCAGUACUCCACUGGAAAGCAGCUGGAUUGACUGUGAUUCAGACUGCGAGGAAGAUGGGAUGGACGACUGCAACAUCGAGGCAUUGUCCCCUCGACCGCCUACACCUCCGGAGUCCGACUUUGACUCGGGUGUCACAGGUCUCAGGAGGUUGGGCACGCGAGGCUCUUGGGGCUACUUCGAGCAGCCGCUUCAUCACAAGUCGCACUCGGUGAGUGGCGGCUCGCCCAUCUCGCCCAUCUCGCCCUCGCGAGAUAGAACGUCCCAUGUGUCGUUCGACAUGCCGGUCAGGCCAUCAUCAACAGUUGGCUUCAGGCGACACGAUCGUCCCGAAGCGAGAGGCGGACUUCAGCCACUCACUGCAAAACCGUCGCCGGUUCACAUGGAACAGAUCAGUGCGCACCAGACGCGCAGAUCCAACGAGGCAGCCCAGAGACCGAGUCUGAAGCUAGAGAUCGGGAACAAGACCGACCGGGCCCUGGCCACCGAGGACUUUCUGGAAUGCGAACCUGAAGUGACAGAAAUGAUCUUUCCCGCGGGUCCCCUCACCCCGCUCACCGCGAUACCUAUUGCCGACGCGGUCCUCGCCCGGCCGCCCUCUCCUCGCCCGGCACUUCGAAGUGUCCAGUCAUGGCUGAACAGCAGCCUGCAGCCGUGUCCUCGGGCGUUCAACGACGACCUGACUAGAGUGGUGCCGCUACCGCCCGACGCAAUGGAGACGCUCCGGGUUUCCAUUGCAUGCUUCCCUGAAACAAUGCUCUUGUCAUCGAGCCUGACCAUCGAAACGAUUCGGACUUACUCUCGCAAAGUUCGUCAGCCGAGCUUGGAGAUUCUGCGAGCGCCGUCAACGAGGGCCGCAACACCCGAGAGCCCGUCUCAGACGCCCAAGAGAUCUCUCUGGCGCAAGGUCAUGCCUCUCAAACGAAGCUCGGUGGUCACGGACCUACGGCAGAGGCAGAGCCACAGCUCUGGAGAGAGCAGUGUCACUUCCGCUGGGUCUAGCACCGCCGAGACGCCCAAGCCCUGGGAGCCGCUGCAAAACGUCUUCGGAAACUGUCCUGGCCAUAUCUGCGAUGCCUUGUACGCACACAUUGUCGCCUAUAACUACAUGUCGGCUUUGGUGGCCCGAAACUCUACCACAUCCGCACCAAGAGGCGCAACCAGCGACUGUCAACAGGACGAUAUCCCCAAGAAGGCAGCAAACCUUCUUGGCCUGGGAGGUACCAACGAGGCUGGGACCGCCUUCAACCGCCACUCUCGAAGGGCCAGGGCAUCACUAGAUGUUUGGCCCAAAGAUGAGAUCGUGGCCAUUCAGCCCACGGCAUCGGCCAACCACGAGAAUAUGCAAGGCGGCCUCUUGCGCUGCAUCGCGCGACUUGUUGCCACGGCCAAGCUCAUUGCGGAGAACGGCACGAGCGAUGAGACACUGGUGGACACGGCCGUGGAGGAUGUCGAUUUGGUAGUCAUCAGAAGCCUAUGCGAGAUUGUGCGCAUGGCAGAGGAGGCGUCGGGAUGA